CCGGAAAAUUCACUCAUUCCACUAGUUACUGCCAGUGUAUAGAGUUGCUUUUUAGGUGGGAGUGCUUAUAAUGAAGUCGAGUGCCGUGGCUGUGAUUGUGGCGCUGAAUUUGGCCGUCGGAUAUGCCGAUAUCUCUCCAGUGAUUGAGGUUUGCAAUCGAACCGAUCCGGCACUAGCGAAGUGUCUCUUCGAAGUAGUGGACAAGCUGCGGCCGAAUAUCGCUUCGGGAGACUUUGGAGAAAAUCGGACUGCCGCUCCAUUGGAUCCAUUCGAAAUCGAUAGGAUCGACAUUGACCGAGGGAAAAGUUUGAAGGCCAGUUUGACGAAUAUUACAAUCUAUGGGAUUACUGGAUUUGUGCUCCGGAAAAUUCGUCAUAAUUUAGCGGAAAGAAAGUUUAACAUCAGUGCUAGACUACCGUCGGUACAGGUUAAAGGGCAAUACGACUUGAGUAUGACUAUUUUGGUGCUGAAACUAACUGGCAAAGGACCAUUUAAUAUGACGUUUAAUGACACCUUGGUGAAUUUGAAGAUCCAUUAUUACCUGGAACCGGAGGAUGGAAGAAACUACAUCAAAUUCCAUCCGAUUGGGCUGAAAAUUAAGUUCAAAGAUGCGCAGUUUUAUCUGAAGAAUCUGUUCAACGGUGAUCCGGUGCUGGAACAAAUCGGUAACCAGGCCAUUAAUGCGAAUCCUCACGUCUUCCUGGACGAAGUGAAACCUGCACUGAUAGAGAAAUUAUCCAAAUCGCUCACGGAUAUUUCGAAUGCUGUUGUGGAAGGGAGCGAGGAGGAUGAACUACUCCCACCGUGAUGCGUUGGGUUCGUAAAAUGUGAUAGAGAUAAAAAAUGGUGUUAUUUUUAUACUUAUUCUGGAUGCAUGAAAAUAUAGGAUUUAAUAUAAGUUCCCGAGAGAAAUGUAGGAAAAUACUUUAAGUUGCAUUAAUGAUUUGGAUUAAGUCGAGAUUUGUUGGCAGAAAAUACGCAAACGACUUCCAAUGUAUUGAUUCAAAUUUGAAAAACAUUUGCUAGUGGAAUUGUUGAAUUCUAGGGCUACAACACUCUAUCGAAUACAUCGUGCUUUGAGCGUUUCAAAAGUGGUCUUUUUGACAGUGAAAAGAAUGUGAAAACAACCUAAAAAUUGAAAAGUAUUAAAUGCAAGAGAAAAUUUUAAAUAAAUUUUGCGUGAUUAAAACAGUGAUUCCCGAGAUUCUUAUGACAUUGGAAUAAAUUCUUACGCAAGUAGCUUAAUUCACAUGACCUGAACCAUAUAGACGUCAUGAGAUGAUUUUGCUUGUCUGGACUUCAUAAAAUGAAUUUGUUAUAGCGGUGAUAGAAAAUAAACUCAUUACGUCAAUUCAA